AUGUCCCAAUCCGAGCUGGAGUUUACGUCUCCUUUCGAUACUAUCAUCCGUAAUCCUCUAACGCUCAUCGAGCUUCGCAUGCGAUGGUUCUCAGGAAAGAUACGCGCUAAGCCCAAUUGGUGGAAGAAAGUCUACGACGACGAGAUCGUAACAAAGUGGCGCAAGGAGAUGAUCGAGCAUGAUACGGCCAUGGUCGAACGAUUCUGGGGUGGCGACGAGUACUGGAAGAGGGGCGAUGGCGAAAAGCAGUGGCCCCGGGACAAGAUUACCGUAGUCCAGCUCAACUAUCUCCUCGAUGAACUGCGAUACGACGCGAGCCGGUACGACGACCAAACUGGUAUCUUUGCGACGGCAAUCCACAAGGUGUACGAGUCGCGAUCUCUGAUGCCCGCCGAUGUCAAGGCAUCCCUCGCGCAAGGCGUCUCUGCGCUCGAGGAUAUCCCAGACGAGGAGAAGGACUGGCAUCCGAGGUCAAAGAAGCAAGUGCUGGACCUCGUCCAUCCAUCAAUGUACUGCCUGCGCAUCGGUCGGUCGCACGUCUACCGUCGUGACCAGGGCCAGGGCACCUCCACCGUACAGCUCACACUCGAGGACUACCUCAAUUGCCGCCCAGAGUUCGAGAAGAUAUGUCCCUGGCCUCCGCUUGCCGUACGCCCCAGUCCGUAUCGUUGGUAUCACCACGUCGCGGUACCCGCGCCAAGUUAUUUAGAUUUUGACGACUACCCAGUUGACAAACGUGCGUACCACGAUGCCUACGAUGAGUGGGAGUCGAAGUAUAGAUGA